AGCGGAAGCUCCAGCUCAUCCCGGAAGCUGGACGCCGCGUGUCACUCUUCCCUUUUCUGAGUCAAGGGUGGUCAGGGAAGCGAAGGCGGGGCUUGUUUCCUGGCCCCGCCUCGUUAACGCGGCGCGCGUGACAAUGAAGGCGGGAGCAGGUGAGCGGGGAAGAAAGAGCCCCUAAAACGGGGAGAAGAAGAGUCCAUCUGGGCAGCCAAUGGGGGGGCGGGAGAGUCCAUUCGUCCAACCAAAGGGGGGGCGGGAAAGUCCAUCUGGACAGCCAAUGGGGGGAGGGGCGGGAGAUUGCAUUCGUCCAACCAAAGUGGGGCGGGAGAGUCCAUUUGUACAGCCAAAGGGGGAACUGCAGAGUCUUAUCUGUAGAUCCGAAGGAGGUUUGGGAGAGCCCACGUGAACAGCCAAAGGGGGGGGCGGGAGAAUCCAUCUGGACAGCCAAAGGGGAAGCAGCAGAGUCUUAUCUCUAGAGCCAAAGGAGGUUUGGGAGAGUCCAUCUAGACAGCCAAUGGGGGGCGGGAGAGAUCAUCUGAACAGCCAAAGGAGGUUUGGGGCAGUCCAUCUGAACAGCCAAAGGGGGAGCUGCAGAGUCUUAUCUGUAGAUCCAAAGGCGGUUUGGGAGAGCCCACGUGAACAGCCAAAGGGGGGGCGGGAGAAUCCAUCUGGACAGCCAAAGGGGGAGCAGCAGAGUCUGAUCUCUAGAGCCAAAGGAGGUUUGGGAGAGUCCAUCUAGACAGCCAAUGGGGGCGGGAGAGAUCAUCUGAACAGCCAAAGGAGGUUUGGGGCAGUCCAUCUGAACAGCCAAAGAGGGGGCGGCAGAGUCUAUCUGUAAAUCCAAAGGAGGUUUGGGAGAGUCUACCUGGACAGCUGGGGGGGGCGGCAGAGGCCAUCUGGGCAGCUAAAGGGGGUGGCGUGAGAGAAACAGGGAGCAGUCCACCGGCAAGGAGGAUGUGGGUGAAUGGGGACUGUGUCCAUCGCCAGGUGCUUGGAGCUGUUUAUUUUUAUGCUUUCACUUAGGGACUCCACCCAUCUGCUGGAGGUGAGCCGAAAGCAGCAACCACAAUGCUAACUGUAAGAAUCCCCUUCGCGGAUUCCCAAGUCCAGGCACCCUGCAAGACAGCUUGCACUACAGCCUCUUCCAUCAGUUGCUGGUGCUGAUGGGAGUUGUAGUCCGAAAAAUGAACCAUGGAACAAAAUUCCCUCCAACGUUUCUCCAAUGAAAAGAGGGAUGUCCUAUUCCGUAAUCAAUACUUUUAUUACUUAUACCUCGUCCAUCCGACUGAGCUGCCCCAGCCACUCUGGGCGGCUUUCAACAUAUUUAAAAACAUAAUAAAACAUUGAACAUUUUAAAAACUUGGGCUGCUUCCCGAUGACAUGAAUAGCUCCAUACCCUCCAGUAUUUCCCUGAGGAAAAUAGGGAUGUCCUACAGUUUUGCAGGGGACGCGAGUGGCGCUGUGGGUUAAACCACAGAGCCUAGGACUUGCCGAUCAGAAGGUCGGCGGUUCGAAUCCCCGCGACGGGGUGAGCUCCCGUUGCUCGGUCCCUGCUCCUGCCAGCCUAGCAGUUCGAAAGCACGUCAAAGUGCAAGUAGAUAAAUAGGUACCACUCCAACGGGAAGGUAAACGGCGUUUCCGUGCACUGCUCUGGUUUGCCAGAAGCGGCUUAGUCAUGCUGGCCACGACCCAGAAGCUGUAUGCCAGCUCCCUCGGCCAAUAAAGCGAGAUGAGCGCCGCAACCCCAGAGUCGGCCACGACUGGACCUAAUGGUCAGGGGUCCCUUUACCUUACAACAGUUUUGCAGGACAUUCCAGGAUCAGAAAGCAGGAUGGCUUCUGUAAAUCCGGGACUGUCCCUGGAAAACCAAUCCAAACCAAGUGUAGUUGUUCCAAUAAGGGGGUCACAUGUACCCAGUAGGUGGCCCCAGUUCACACCAUCUUUGCGUAUAGCAUACCUGCUACUCAGCGUUUUCACAAGCAUUUUGCAAAAUGUGUUGCUAUUGCAUCCUGCAAACUGAAUAUUAAUGUACAAUUGUAUUAGUAGUGAGCCUUUUAUGUUCACGUGUCCAUUUAUAUUCUUUUCGGCAGCUCAUCCCAUAACUACGUUGUAGCCAAUUAAGGCGGAAACUAGCAAGAUGGCAUCAAAUCCUCCUGGGCAAGGUAAAUGUUACGUCUGGUAAUCUUCACCUCUAUCUGCAUGGUUACGUUAUAAUAAAAUUUUAAGGUGCACACACUCCGCAAAAACCCUUCACCCUUCAAAAUUUAGGAAAUAUUCCCUGAGACUUCAUUUGAGUACACAGAACAAUCCCAAAGUCUUACCUCCUCUCAUCUUGGAAAACCUUUCCCAAUAGUUCUUUCACUUGCAAAUCCUUCAAAUCGAAUACAGUGGUACCUUGGUAGUCGAACGCCUUAGUGGUCGAACAAAUCAGCUUCCAAACGUCGCAGUGAGUGUUCCAGUUGGCAAUUUUUUUGAGAGGCCGAACGUCCUAAUGCGGCUUCCGAUUGGCUGCAGGAAGUUCCUGCAGCCAAUCAGAAGCCAUGCCUUGGUUUUCGAACCAUUUUGGGAUGUCGGAUGGAUUCCCAGAACGGAUUAAAUUAGAGAACAACAGUACGACUGUAUUUGUUGCAAAACAGACCUGUCAGAGGAGCAUUCUCUGUGUGUCAGUGGGUGCUUACCAUUUCAAAGGAAUGGCUCAGACUAGCCAGGAAACCACAACCAGCAAAUAUUGUUUGUCUUGACAGGCAGGAGACAAGCUACACUCUUAUUAUUUAUUUAUUUAUUUAUUAUUUGUACCCGGCCAAGACCGGGCUCAGGGCAGCUAACACCGAAUAUAAAUACAGUAAAAACUUUUUUUAAAAAAACAAAAACCAAGCAAAAAGCUGAUUAAAAUAUAAGUUAGAAUACAGCUUAAAAUGCAGCCUCGUUUUAAGUGCUAGCCUAUAGAUCAAAGCCAUAAGGGGAGAAAAUGUCAAAUAUUUACUGGGGCCAACUAUCCACACUGGUCCUACAUGGGCCAGCAAAAAGAGCCGGAGGAAAUUUAUAUACAGUUUUAUGCCCGCCCCCUUCUCCCCAGACAGGACUACAAGCAGCUUAUAAAUAAACAUAAGAACUGCUAAAAACAUAGGGAAAGCGAUAAUAAUAAUAAAAACCAAUUAAACAUUGUUAGAUUUAAAGCUAUAUGCAGAUAUAAAAUCUAUUUUAUAUUUGUAUACAAAUAAUUACAAUAAAAACAACACGGCAGCAGCCCUUUCAGUACAAUCUCUAAUACAGUGGUACCUUGGCUCCCAAACAAAUCGGCUCCUGAACGAUCAAAACCCAGAAGUGAGUGUUCCGGUUUUUGAACGAUUUCCGGAAGUCCAACGUCCGGCACAACUUCCGAUUGGCUGCAGGACACCCCUGUAGUCAAUCGGAAGCCACACCUUAAUUUUUGAACGGUUCCAGGAGUCGAACAGACUCCCAGAACGCAUUCUGUUUGAGAACCAAGGUACCACUGUACUCUUUAUCAUUCACUUUGGAGAGCUUGAAGUAGUGCACAGACUUUUCCAUUCUUCUCACUCCUGCCAGGGUUUCAGAAUAAAAACAGGGUUGCGAUUUUGGCAGAGCUAGAUAAGGAGAAGAGGAAGCUGCUGAUGCAAAACCAGUCUUCCACAAAUCACCCUGGAGCCAGGUACAGUAAGUUUAGAGACCUGCCUUUUUGUUUCAGUUGUGUUCUCUGAUCAAAGGGGAAAGCCAAGGGACGCUUUCUCUUGCAUGCCAAGGCCCUGUGCCCUGUAGUUCCCCAUUGAUUAAUAAACACACCAACACAAGUGUUUGGGAUUAUGGGCUAAAACAGGCCACAACUUUAUUGGCUUGGACGUUGGGUGAAACCAGGCUACAGUGGUACCUCGGGUUUCAUAUGCUUCAGGUUACAUACGCUUCAGGUUACAGACUCUGCUAACCUAGAAAUAGUGCUACAGCUUAAGAACUUUGCUUCAGGAUGAGAACAGAAAUCAUGCUCCGGGGGCGUGGCAGCAGCAGGAGGCCCCAUUACCUAAAGUGGUGCUUCAGGUUAAGAACAGUUUCAGGUUAAGUACGGACCUCCGGAACGAAUUAAGUACUUAACCCGAGGUACCACUGUAUAUCUUGACGCCCGCCCACCUGCAGGGAGUCUAAAGGUAAAGGUAAAGGGACCCCUGACUGUUAGGUCCAGUCGUGGCUGACUCUGGGGUUGCAGCGCUCAUCUCGCUUUACUGGCCAAGGGAGCCUGCGUACAGCUUCCAGGUCAUGUGGCCAGCAUGACUAAGCCCCUUCUAACAAACCAGAGCAGCACACAGAACCGCUGUUUACCUUCCUGCCGGAGCGGUACCUAUUUAUCUACUUACAUUUUGACAUGCUUUUGAACUGCUAGGUUGGCAGGAGCAGGGACCGAGCAACAGUAGCUCACCCCGUCGCGGGGAUUCGAACCGCCCACCUUCUGAUCGGCAAGUCCUAGGCUCUGUGGUUUAACCCACAGCGCCACCCGCGUCCCUUGCAGGGAGUCUAACUAAGGGUAAACCACCAGAAGGGGGAGCCCUAUGACUUACAUCAAAUAAGGUCAGUCCGAGGGGUCCCCGUUGGGUUAGUGGCAUGGCCCUAGCCCAUGGGUAGGCAAAUUAAGAUCCAGGGGCCGGAUCCGGUGCAAUCGCCUUCUAAAUCCGGCCCAUGGAUGGUCUGGGAAUCAGCAUGUUUUUACAUGAGUAGAAUGUGUCCUUUUAUUUUAAAUGCAUCUCUGGGUUAUUUGUGGGGCAUAGGAAUUUGUUCAUAUUUUUUCCCCAAAAUAUAGUCCAGCCCCCCACAAGGUCUGAGGGACAGUGGACCGGCCCCCUGCUGAAAAUGUCUGCUGACCCCUGCCCUAGCCCAUGCCCACACUUUGGACAGAAUCCACAACUCCAGAUCCUUUUAGCAGGAUACCCUUAUCCAGGAGUAUCCUCCAUUAAACAAGGGUCCUUGCAGGUCCAAGCAGUUCUGGCGUGGAGGCAAGAGAAAGAAACCCCUGGCCGCGCCGCGAUUUCAGUUACCCUUUGGCCAUGCCCCCCAUCAGCAUAGAUUGGCCAGGAGGGCUGAUACAGCUGGGGCUGGCGUGGAGGGGGCGACAAUCUCCCGCCCCCUAGCCGGGUCGCUACCAGGGCCCGGAUACCCAGCCGCAACGCCGCCCACCAAGAAGGUGAAUAGACCUAUCAGCAACACAUGCUUCUAAUGGAAACAGUUCAUAACCAUCAGAGUUCUGUGCCAAUUUUUCCAAGCAGCCAGCUGCAAGAGAGUUUCCAUCUUUGCUCAUUCCCUCUGGAGAGGGAAAAUUUCAGUUCACCUUUUUUUUUUAAAAAAAAGUUAACUUUUUAAUGUUUUGUAUUUCCACCCACUUCUCCACCAAAAUUCCGCUUCCCCUGUGUUGAACCUUAUCAUUGUUUUCAUAUUAAGAUUUGAGAUUUCUAUGAAUCUGCUGAAAUGUAAAGCUGCCCCUGAAUUGAAAAAACAAAACAAAAUCCUCUUCCAUGUGUUUAGCGUAGAACUUGAUUUAUUGCUCAUGGUGGAGUAGUAGUAGUAGUAUUUUCGCAUACUGUAACUUGUUGACUACGAAGAGACGUUGUCUCAGCGCAAUCUCAAUGGGAAACUCUUUUCCUGCAUACAGAGUUCUGCAGCCACUCUACCAAACAUAUGAACUCCCCAUCAUGAAGACUAUGGACCCCUGGUUAGUAGCGCUGUUUUAUUCAGGUAUCACUUAGGCAAGUUAUUGGGGGGCGCCGGUGAGAGAGCAAAAUGUGCUGGGGUCCCUUUUUCUUCUACUGCAUGCCUUCCGGUUGACUUCCUUUUGACUUACACUUGGGUUUCCUCCCUAUUUGAUUUCACCUGCCAUUGCUGGAGUGAAUGUUCCUGAGCAGAAAUGUCCUUCUGGCACCAGCGUUCAAAAUUAGCCAGGCGCAUUUUGCACCUGACUGUGGCCACAUGCAGCCCAGUGCAAAUGCCCGGGUUCCAGGAUGACUCCUGACAUCUCUGCAAUCUGGAGGUGCCUGCCUGGGGAUCCUUGGAUCUGGACUCUUUUCACACACUAAUACCCCAUCCUGUAGAUUUCUAUCCAUUAUAUUUUAUCUGCACAAUCAGAAUGAAUUUCUGGAGCCAAAAUAAUAAUAAUAAUAAUAAUAAUAAUAAUAAUAAUAAUAAUAAUAAUAAUUUAUUUGUACUCCGCCCAUCUGGCUGGGUUUCCCCAGACACUCUGGGCGGCUUCCACAGAGACCAAAAAUACACUAAAAUGUCACACAUUAAAAACUCCCCAGAAGACUAAGAUGUCUUCUGAAUGUCAGGUAGUUGUUUAUCGCUUUGACAUCUGAUGGGAGGGCGUUCCACAGGGCCACAGCGCCACUACCGAGAAGGCCCUCUGCCUGGUUCCCUGUAGCUUUGCUUCUCACAAUGAGGGAACUGCCAGAAGGCCCUCGGCGCUGGACCUCAGUGUCCGGGCAGAACAAUGGGGGUGGAGACGCUCCUUCAGGUAUACUGGGCCAAGGCCGUUUAGGACUUUAAAGGUCAACACCAACACUUUGAAUUGUGCUCGGAAACGUACUGGGAGCCAAUGUAGGUCUUUCAAGACCGGUGUUAUGUAGUCUUGGCGGCCGCCCCCAGUCACCAGUCUAGCUGCCACAUUUUCGGUGCAGCCUGAGCAGGGGCCAAGAACAUUAUACAGUGGACCCUAGAGUUACAUACCGCUCUGGAUAUGUAACUUUCAGGUUGCGAACGCAGCAACCCUGAAGUGUAUACUUCCGGGUUUCGCCGCAUGCGCAGAAGCGCUCUGCGUGCCACGCACAUGCACAGAAGUUUCACCUCCAGUUAUGGACUUUUCAGGUUAAGUACGGACCCCCAGAACGAAUUUAAUUCGUAUCCGGAGGGACCACUGUAGUGAAUUGUUGUAGCUUGUCUUCACUUCUCCCACUGUUGUGAAUGGCCCGUUUCACCAUUAAGAAAAAGAGGCAGGAAUAGGCCAACAUAUAUUAUGUGGACUGUCCCUUGAUCAAGUGACCUUUCUUCUUUAAGUUCCCAAAACUCUUAACCUAGCUCAAGAUUUUCAUCUGAACAGGCCAGAUCUUUAACUGAGACUCAAUCACAGUCAGUCCAUCAUUUGGAAAAUAAGACGUUAGAGCUGUCUUGCCCCAAAAUAGCAGCUAGGCAUUCUGUUGGGCGACUGUAACCUUGGUUGAAGGAGUCAUUUGGUGCCUAGCUUAUAUAUCUGAGUUUCCAACGCUGUCUGGCAUGUGCAAAUUAUUCACUUUGCAUGUCAGAUUUGCCCAAAAUCCCAAGUCUUGUAUUUAAAGUAACGACAUGGAACUUCUUGACUCUGAAACACCCACCCUGGCCAUGACAAGCCUCUACCUUGAUACUGUGCUGAUGGCUGCCUUCCCUGCCUUUGUGUGACAUCUCAAUUUCUUAUCAUUGCUCGCAGCAUCUCUCUCGCCAGAUCUUCCCUUAACAAGGACUUUCGUGAUCAUGCUGAACUACAGCACAUCGCUGCACAGCAGAAGGCUGCUCUACAGGUGAGUUGUCCUGACCAAAGCAUAUCCAAACGGGCCGUAUUGCAAGUUUCCCUGGGCCUUUUUGUUUUGUUAUAGCCUCGGAGACUAUAGCUCCUAAGAACCCCCCACCCAUCUCAGACGUUGGGGACAAAAGCUAACAUGCAUCACAAAAGCUUAAGAUUUGCAUAGUGAUGACAAAGUUUAAAAUUCUGAGAGUGUCUUCUGAUUUGGGAAGUGGCUUUGGUCAUGUUAUGUUCUGUAUUAUCUCACCUUUUAGCCCUGUUUUAAACACUGCGGGCAAAACCUUGGGAAUAAUGAGCUAGAUGUGAGGACGGACGUUGUAGUUCGGCAAUAUGGAGGGCCGGGGGUUCCCCACACCUGGAACUGAACUACUAGCAACUGAACUACUAGCAGGACUGAAAUGUGGCAAAGAACAGAUAUUCCUUCCAAAUCUGAUGUUCUUAAGCACGCACUCAUGCUUGCAUGACGGUGGAGAGACUUGGCUUCCAUUGAAAAGGUCUCAUUUUGAAACACUUACGUUCCUUUCGCAGCAUGCUCAUGCACAUUCCUCAGGGUACUUCAUAACCCAAGACUCUGCCUUUGGAAACCUUAUUCUUCCUGUGUUGCCACGGCUUGAUUUAGAGUGAGGAACCAUCCUUGGGACGAAGAGCAUCUGUCUUUCUCCAGUCCUGCAGCUGCUCCCUUGCCAAACUUUGCUUCUGGUUUAUGAAAGCAAGAGGACUCAAAAAUGAAAGUUGUUGUUGGGUUUUGUUCACUGUAAUGGCUUUCCAUUUUGGAUUCAGGUAUUUUGUUUUCAGCGAAUGUUAAACUUCUUAAAACAAGUUCUAAGGUGUC